AUGUUCGUCACGGACAUCAGGAAGGAGUUCUACGAAGUCGUCGCCCACCAGAGAGUCGCCCUCCUGGUGGCAGCAGACAUCGACGCGCUCUGUGCCUGUAAGAUACUUCAGGCGCUGUUCCACUGUGACCAGGUUCAGUACACACUGGUGCCGGUCACAGGCUGGCAGGACCUCGGCACUGCCUUCCUCGAGCACAAAGAGCAGUUCCGAUACUUUGUUCUCAUCAACUGUGGAGCGAACGUGGACCUCCUUGAAAUGCUGCAGCCAGACGACGACUCCAUCUUCUUCAUCUGUGACACUCACAGGCCAGUUGAUGUGGUCAAUGUCUACAAUGACUCGCAGAUAAAGCUCCUCAUCAAACAGGACGAUGACCUUGCUGUGCCCACGUACGAUGAUAUUUUCCGAGAUGAAGACGAAGAAGGAGGCGACUCUGGAAAUGAGAGCGACGAAGGAUCGGAGCCGUCUGGCAAACGGAGGAGAUACGAUGAGGUGCGUGUUGAACAGAAUCAGAUCGAAAGGCAGCGAGCGAAGAGGGAGUGGGAAGGACGGAGGAGGGAAAUCUUGUUUGACUAUGAGCAGUAUGAAUAUCAUGGGACCUCUGCUGCAAUGAUGUUUUUUGAGCUGGCGUGGGUAUUGACUAAAGACACCAAAGACAUGCUCUGGUGGGCCAUCAUUGGGCUGACAGACCAGUGGGUUCAUGAUAAAAUCACACAUAUGAAGUACGUAACAGACAUCGCCACAAUGCAGCGAAAUGUCUCCCGACACAACCACCGAAAUGAGGAUGAAGAGAACUCGCUGUCCAUUGACUGUAUGAGGAUUUCCUUUGAAUAUGACCUGCGUCUCACCCUCUAUCAGCACUGGUCUCUGUAUGAGAGCAUUUGUAAUUCAUGUUACACGUCGUGCAGCUUCAAGCUUUGGACGUUAAAUGGACAAAAGAAACUCCAGGAGUUCUUAGCUGACAUGGGGCUGCCCCUGAAACAAGUGCGGCAGAAAUUCCAUUCCAUGGACAUGACAAUCAAAGAGAACCUGAGGGAAGUCAUCGAGGAGUCGUCUAAUAAAUAUGGUAUGAAAGAUAUCCGUAUCCAGACGUUUGGUGUCCACUUUGGCUUUAAGAACCGUUUCCUGGCCAGUGACAUGGUGCACGCCUGUGCUGCCUUGCUGGAGAGCCCAGAGAAAGACGACAGCGACAACUUCAUCACUGCUCUCGACUCCCUCUCCAGAAGUAACAUUGAUCGUCUCCAUGCUGGUAUCGACCUGGCAAAGAAGAAGCUGAUAGCCAUCCAGCAAACUGUCGCCAGCUGCAUCUGCACCAACCUCAUCAUGUCCCAGGGGCCCUUCCUCUACUGCUACCUCAUGGAGGGAACUCCUGACGUGAAGCUCUUUUCUAAACCCGCGGCUCUGACUCUGCUCUGCAAAUACCUCCUGAAGGCUUUCGUUCAUUCAACGAGGAAUAAACGCUGCAAACUGCUCCCGCUCAUCAUGGCGGCUCCCAAAGAUGUUGAGAAGGGAACUAUGAUUGUUUUGGGAAUCCCACCGGAGUCUGAGACAUCCGACAAAAAGAAUUUCUUUGGCCGAGCAUUCGAGAAGGCUGCAGAGAGCACCAGCUCCCGAACUCUCCACGACCAUUUCGACACAUCAAUAAUCGAACUGAAGACGGAGGACAGAAGCAAGUUCCUGGAUUCACUCAUCACCCUCCUGUCAUGAGCAACGUCAGCACUCAAAGGAACCGUGUGUACGAGUCCAAGUUCUGAACUUCAGACGUGUACAGUGUCAACAACACAAGAACUUUAUCUGUUGUCUUGUUUUUAAUGGUUUUAACCUGUUUGUGUGUAAAUUGUACAGUCUCCUUUUUUAUGUGUUA